GAUUUGCAGGAGUUCAGAGAUGCUGUUGACAAUUUUAUGUCUGAUGCAUCCACCUUAAUGUCACCACCACUGGACUGCACUGACUUUGAUUUGUCACUGGGUGAGGAGGUGGCCUUUGGCCCCUGUUCUUCACAGCUGGAGAAUGGUGUGGUGGUGCAGAAACCCUCCCAGUGCCUGCCUUCCCCUGAGCCGUGCUGGAGGGACCUGGCAGAUCAGCACCAGAAAGUGCUGGGAGAUGCCCUGGAGGCAAACAGCCAGCUGCAGGAGACCCUCACUCAGCGACAGGAAGAGCUGGUGACACUGCGAGAGAGCAACACGCAGUUGAAGGAGCUGGCAAGCCAGGCCAGGCAGCUGGCUGCCAUCCUUGAUACGCUGAUGCUGCCGCCGUGCACCGACGGGACGGCCCUUCCUCCUCCACCUCCUCCUCCUGCCGCCGCAGCCGCCCCGUCUGGGCCAUUGGACAGAUGCGAGCGGCCGGAGGCGCGGGAGGAGGCGGCGGGUGUGGACGCCAUGCUGCGGGAAGUCUCGGAGAAGUGCCGCGCUGCCCUGCGCUGCCUGGGGGGCGGCCCAGGGGGCAGCCUGGGGGAAAGCCCGUGGGGCAGCCCUACGGCCAAGCGCCCACGGCGGGCCCCUCGCCUGCAUGGCGCUUUCCGCGAGCUGCUCACAGGCCGUGGCGACCCACACUCGGGCGACGUGGGGCUAGAGGAAGGCGGGAGCCUGCGAACGGCGCUGGGACAGGCGGGCGGCAUCCGCACGCUGCCGUUCCCGCAGGGCAAUGCCAUCACUCUCCGCACGGCCUUCGGCGGGUACCACUUCCGCUGGGUGCCACGCUGA